GCUAAAAAUAUCGCCGCCAUAUUGGUAUUGUCAAAAACUUCGGGAUAUAUCGGUGCCGAUGAAAAAAUGGUUUCAAGUCUUUUAAUUACCGAGUUAUCUGUUUUCGAGUGAUCUAAAAGAACCUGCGGUGACUUUAGAUGUUACGUUUGUCGUAUGAGUUGUGUUAUUCGGUUCUUAAAUGAUGUUUUCAAUGGAGAAAUGUUUAGGCCGUAGUGGGAAAGGUGGUAGUGAGGGUGCCGAUUUAUUCGCCGGCGGUGGCGAGGGUUUGGGUAAAGAGGGAGUGCCUUCUGAUGAGGUCGCUUCAGCCGUGGCCGCGGUCUCGGACGAGAUCGGAGACAUCCUGAAGGAUGAGCUGGGUGACGCUGAUCGCGCGGAUCGCAUCGGAGCGGAGCUUGCGGAUUUGAGCGCGGAGCUCGGUCUGCUGGCGGGUCUAGCUGAUGGGGAGCCGCAGCAGGACUUCCCGUCACUCUUCGAAAUAGCCAUGGGCCACCGUGGUUCUCGCAGUGGGUCAUCGUCGUCGUCGUGGUCGGGGGGCCGCGGAGGUCGCCCGAGGCGCAACUCGAGACCGCUGAGGGCACCCAGGCGGCGGCCCAUCGCUAAGGGGAAGGAGAUGUCACGUCGACGCAGCGCAGCGGCUCGGCGCGCAGUGUGUAUGCGCGUGCGCCGGGUCGAGGUCGUGUCGGACGCGUCGGACGUAGGCGCCGACUCCGACUCAGACGACCAGUGGACCGAGCUGGACGAUCCAUGUUCGUCCGACGCUCCAUCCAUGAAGCCUGCAGCCGUUGACGUGGACUGCAACGGAUACCAGCACAAAGCUUCGGCGGAGGCCCCAGCAAUGGGCCAGUUUCUCCUGCCGCUGCUGAGCGCUGAGGCUCCGGCUCCGGACCCUGAACACUCCUUCAUCCGACACGAGGACAUACUGCAGCUUCUCGCGUCGACGGAGGAGGGAGUUCACGAAGAGAUACCCGCCGAGGAGGAUCCACUCCCUCUUGAACCACAGACUGACAUGCUAUCUGGCAGCGAGGUGCUAGAGUUUGACGACACAUCGGUGACGGCCGAGGAGGAGGCCGCCCUACUGCACUACGUCUGCGGGAUGGACGCGGAGCGCAGCGAGUCGAGCGCGGAGUGGUCCCCGGUGGCGGAGUGGCUGAUGGGCGUGUUCCACUCGUGGUGCGAGAUCUCCGCGCUCAUGUUCACGCUCAUCGGAACUAACAUGAGCAUGGAGAUGAUGACGGAGGAGUGGGUGUACCGGUCCCGGUUCGGCUGCCACUGCCGGCUCUGCCUGUGCCUGGCCAACAACGCCGACGCCGUCUUCGCCGUCAUACGGGACGUAGUCUGGGCACUCGCGCACUGCGGUAGCACAGUGGGCGUGGCAGCGCGAGUGGUACGUGGGUUGGCGGGCGGGCACAGUCCCCCGCCGCGCCCGCCGCCGGGUGCCACACACCCGCCGCACCCCGCGCAGCUCUGGGACAUGCACACGCUGCACCGCGCGCUCACCGCGCCGCAAGGGUCAGCGAUAAUCCACGAGCAGUUGUCGAAGCUGGCGGCGCACAGCGACGUGACGCGCGACAUCGUGCACAACAUAUGUCUCUGUCGCCCCUACGACAAGCCGCUCGACAAGGAGAACGCUGGCGAGAGGUUUUACAAGAUAUUGGAGAACUUCAAGGCAGCUUCUACUAUCACGUUCAAGGUGGAGAUGUGGUCGGGCGGUGGUGGCGGUGGUGGCGCGGCGUGGGUCCGCGCGGCGCGGGCUCGGCUGGCGCGCUCCCUGCGGCCGCAGCACCGCGCCGACACGGCCGGCCGACUGCGACACGUACGAGACCGGACCACGCCCGCCGACCUGUCGGCGUGGGCGGGGUACAAGCACAGCUGCGACUGCCUCACGCCGCGGACGCUCUGUGCCCAGCAGAGGAAACAGUUGCUCAGCGGUCUAUGGGGUCGACCUAGAUUCUGUACUACCAUAAUCUCAUUUUUCGGUACGAUCGAGGGUGCGAUCGAAUUCAACGGGACGGAAAUCGAAACGCGAGCCGACGGUGAUAAGCCUCCGAACGAGCAAGAAUCCGAGACGACGAGUAGAGAGCUACAGCAGGGAGAUGGAACGGGUGCCAAGCCUCCGGAGGAAGGCCCCGACGACAUCGAGAGUAUGGGCAGCGCGGAGAGCCACGCCUCGCACGAUACGGGGGACGAGGCUGAUACUGGAGAUGGGGCGUCGAGUGUGUGCGAGGGCGGCGAGUGCGCGGCGGGCGAGCUGGGCGCCGCGGACCCCGCCGACAAGGACUCCGACUCCAACCCCACCUGCGACCUGGACGACUUAUCAGAAUCGGACGCGAACUCCCUAGGCCUAUCAACAUCAUCAUCAUUAGACUCAGCAUCAGAACUCCUGCUGGCUGCAGCAGCCGCAGUCGAAUCCCGGUCCCGGUCGGGCUCGGGAUCCGGAUCAGGAUCCGGGUCCGGUGGCGAUGCGGCCCCGGCGCAGCUGUGUAGGACCGUGAGACACUUGAUGAGGUCCAUAGCGUCUAUUGAAAGGUUAAUGGAUCGCGUUUUGAAGCACUGCGACGAUUGGCCCGCCCCGCCUACGAGGAAUGAUCAUGAGGCCAGGAAACGCGUGGACAUGGGUCUAUCGGAGGUGGACCGCAAGCUGAUGGCGAUGUACCGCCGGCUGCCCGAAGUGCAUCGCAGGCAGCUGCAGGUCUAUAGGAAACAAAAGAAAUUGUCCACCGUAUGCAUGCAGCUAGUGGGGGGCCUGGCGCCGGCGCCCCCUCCGCCCGGGUCCCCGCCGCCCGCGGCCCCCCCGCAGGCGUGUCGCGCGCUCUGUCCCGAGUACCAUCUGCAGAGGUUCAAGGAGGUCCGUCGUAAAGUAAUGCACAUGCGCGACCAACAACUCUACUACCACAGGCUACGGAUGUGGCUUGAGGAUCAGCUCAGGCAGGAGAGGGAGAGCCUCCCAGAAUCGAAUGUCACCCUAAUCGAAGACCUGCCCCGCCGUAAAAGGAGAACAGCGAGCCCAAAAGUCCCGCGCCUCACCACAGGCUCAAAGAGGAAACUAAAGCCAGUCUCACCAUCCAUUAGCAAGCCUCACAAAAUCCUACAAAUGCUUAAACAUAAGGCACCAGCGCAAACCACUCAUCUACUAACAGACAUCAAAACUGAUCAGAAAAUAGAAGUAGACCCACCAGAAGCGUUCCCCCUAGAAAGAGAAGACAAUAUAAGUGAUACGGAAACUAUCGUUGGCGAGAAAGAGACAGUAGAUAUGUGUAAGGAGAUGAAAGAAUGCCUUGCGAAGUUCUCUAAUUUCGGUUUAACGAAUGAUGGUGGUGAGGAGUUUCAAGUGCAAGUUGAGAAUAAGUAUCCGGAGUCUGUUAGUCCACCGUUGCAAGAAAUGUCACCGACUACUCCUGAACCGAUGCCUGUGUAUUCUUCUAAACCGAAUCAGCGGUUACUAUCAGUCAAUAAGUUCUUGAAAAAGGAUGAGAAGGCAGAUUUCAAUCAACCGAUUUCAACUGAAGUGUUAAAUAUACCACUCAAUGCUCGUAGGACUCCGAUCUUAGUGAAAGAUGAGAAAGAAUCUCUGACAGAGCCGUUAGACAAUGAUAAGGAUCCUAAUGUUUACAAAUAUGUCUCGUUCGGGCUGGAAAUUAAGAAAGCAAUGGAAGAAUGUCAGAAUAUUAUCAAUUCUUAUAACAGUAUCAAAGACGGACGCAAAGAAGAUGACAAUCAGCUUUCUCUAGAACAGAUAUGCGAAGUUAUGAUGACACUAGACAAGAAUUCAGCUGAAUUCCUAGACAAAAUUGACACUGAAGAAUCUAUAGACUUGAAUUCAGCUAACACUAAGCUCGUAGAGCUUGUUGAAAAUAUGCCUCAGAUUCUAGCUAACAUGCCGGAGAUAGCUUCCAAACUAUCGGAGUUUGCGAACGCAUCCUUUGAGUUACCGGAAUUUGCGUCUAUAAUGAGCAAUUUACCCGAAGUUAAUAACGAAGCCCAGUUAACACCAGAGACGUUGAAACAAAUACGUGAGUUAAAGCUAAAUAAAUCUAGGGAUUAUGUUAAAGUUACUAAGAAUACAGCAAAAAGGAAAACACAGCGUAGAAUUAAGAGUAAUUUCGAAUCUAAUGAUGUUAUUGGUACUAUGACUUUCGAGUUAGACAAUAGAGACAUAGUAGAGCUCUUAAAAGACGAAAAAGAUCUUCAAGCUCUAAUGAAGAAUAAAAAUAAGGAUGAUUUCAAAGAUUUACUCUUCUCAAUCUCCGCUCAAGUUGUCAUUAACAAAGUUUUUGAAUAUCUAAAACAAAAUAAGAGUCCGAUGUUAGAAAAAUGCAUGGAUGAAGAAAAAGACUUAUUCUCUUUACCCAAAAGCAGUUUGAACUCAGAAAUGUAUUCUAAAGCGUCUACGUUAUUCGAUAAUUCUGUCAAAGAUGCCUUGAGUAUGGAAGAGUUGAGGGACUUAGUCAAAUCAAGGUUUAAUUCGUGGAAACAUUACGUUUCCUCCAAAUUCAAGGGAAUACCAGUUGAAAUACUAGAGAAUGAGAUAGAAGCUAUGCUAGAUAAGUUUUACAGUUACAUUCAAGACUUAGCUGGUAAGAAUUAUGCUCCAGACUUUGAUAGAAUGGCUGCUAAAUUUGAAGAAUUGAGGAAACACCAUGAAACACACAGAGAUUCUGACUCUGACUCCAGAGAGACGGUCAAACAGAUUCUUCUAACGACAUCAGUAGGUAAUACUAUCGAUAUCCUCAUGAUGAAAUUCCCAAAAUUAAACCAUGAGAAGAAAGAGCUAGUGAAAGGUUUAAAUUUUAAAUAUAUGAGCGUUUUACGGCGUUGCUGCGAGUCUCAACCGCUUGCUAACUGGAUUUUAACUGACCCAGAAACAGCUAUUAAUGUGAUACAAGAGCUAAUGGAAUUUCAAGUUAAAAAGCCGGAGAAUGUUCCAGAUUUUUCUAAUAUGUCCAGUGAUAAAAAGAGGGAUUACUUUAUAGAGCGAUUGCGGGACGUUAACAAGCAAUAUCUUGAGACGUUACCUAAGAAAAAUCUGUCAGGAGACGAAUGGCUAGUCAUGUUAUACAAAUUAGAACAGUAUGAAGAGAAAUUAAAAGAGAACUUCAAUAAAGCGACACCUCAACCGGUUAAGACGACUCAGAACGCAAGCGAGGCGGAAAUCUUGGCAGCUAAAGGUCUAAGCAAGAUCAUAGGUAAAGCUAGCAUACGUGUGGUUAAAAAAACCGAGCAACCACCAAAGAAGAAAGAAGAACCAGUAAAGACUAAUGAGACUGACGAGAAGAAAUGUAAAAAUGACGCUUUAUUAGCUAAAUGCGAAGCUAUAUUAACUUCUAAAGGGGAAAAGUCUUUAUUAGACAGCUUUUACACGAUCAAAUCAUAUAUCACACAGGGCUUACCAGUCCCUGAGACUUAUAAGAAACAUGUCAUAUCAAUCUGCUCUUCAAUUGACGCGAAGCUAUUAGACGAAGAUGUAGAAGAAUUGAAAUCGGAUACGACAGAAGAUAGCAAGGAAAAACCGCCUCUAUCGCCCCAAAAUCAUGAGAAUUUGGCGAAAUAUUCCGCUCAAGCGCUCCGUAAUGCUAAACAGACUUUGAAUGCAGUUGCUUUUAAGAAUAUUAAUAGGAAUGGACAGAGUAAAUCUGAGAGUGACGUCUGUGAUACUCCGAAAAGUGAUUGUAAGUGGACAAAUGAUUGUAUGUGCAACUCCUGUAAAGAUACUGACUCCGUCUGCGUGGGAGAUGCAGUGAAGAACUGCUAUGAUGAUAAGAAAAUAGAGAAAAAGAAGGAGAUUAAGAAGCCCGUCGCUAAACCGAAGCCUGUUGCGAAAGCGUGUGAGAAUGUCAAUCAUCAACAGCAUGUUUGUAAAGUGGGUCACGGCGGCGUGUCGUGUGCGGGGGAGGGCACGGACCAGCCCUGCACGUGCUGCUACUGCACCGUCUUCGGACACGCCCCGCCUCUAACGACACCUGUGCCUAGGAAUUUCAAUGAGACGCGCGAGCGACUGCGGUCUAUACUGAACAAGAAGAAACAACAGUGCAAGACUGCUAGUUCUAAUGGGGAACAAGAGCCGGCCGCUAUCAAGCCGACCGGGGUGCAAACCCCGCCGGCCGCCACCGAGACCCCGGCGCAACCCAAGCCCACGACCAAACCACCGCCCGUCGCGCCCAAACCACCGGCUCUCCCGAAGUCGCAGCCGCCGACGCUGACUGCGGCGCAGGUGCAGCAGAAGCGGCAGUCCCUGGACCUGCAGCAGCGGCAGCUGGCCGACAAGAUGGCGCGCAUGGCCGUGUCCGACAAACCCACCGCAGGAGCCGCGGGGGAGAAGGCUAAGAUGCUACAGCGCUCCGCCCCGGUACAAAUCGACGUGCCGCCCGGACUGAAGGCUGAGGGCAAGGUCAAUCCCAACGCCAUGGAGCAGAUACGAUUACAGCAACUAAAACAACAACAACAGCAACAAGCCCAAGUGCAAUUCCAGCAACAGCAGCUGCAGCAACAGCAACUGCAACAACAGCAGUUGCAGCAACAGCAGCAACAGAAGAAGCCGGAGCCGAUAUACGACCUGCCCAUACACAACAAGCCCACGCUCACACCGCAACAACAGCAACAGAUACGGCAACAGCAGCAACAGCUCUUACAACAAAAACUCCAGCAACAGCAACAACAACAACAGCAACAGGCGCAACAGCAACAACAGCAACAGGCGCAGCAGCAACAACAGCAACAACAGCGGUUGCAGCAGCAACAGCAACAGCAGCAACAGGCCAGACAGAGCAGGGCGGGGCAGCAGAGGAGCACUGUGUCCCUGUCUAGCAGGGAUACUAGUGUCUUCUCUACUUCCAGUGGAUGUUCUGGUGGGUCAUGCUGGCGCGGUUCCCGGCCGGAGGACACGCGGGACCUGGACGCGCUGCUGCAGUACAUUGAGGGUCCCGCGCGACAUGUCGACCGGGGCAAGAAGCGGGCCAAGAAGCAACGGCAGAAGGCUAAGAAGCUGGAGUCUCGUCUCCUGGAGGAGCGCGCGGCGGUGGCGGCGGAGUUAGCCCGCGCGCGUCGCGAGCUGGACGCGCUGCACGUCGCGCGGAACGCCGCCAAGCGACGCCUCGACGCCACCCGCGCCACGCUGCAGCAACACAACAAGCCGGGGAAGAAAGGUAAAAAGCAGAAAUUAAACCCGGCGCAGCAAGCGAAGGUGCAGCUCGUUGCUGAACAACUCGGAGAACUGACCACACUCAUGAAUACUACUUCUAAGGAAAUGCAAGCGGCCGAGAAGCAAGUGUUGGACUUCACCCGGCGACUGCAGAACUGCGAGCGACAACUAGCGGAGUCGAGGGCCGUGCAGGGGAAACCUGAGAGGCCUACGCAAUCUCAGCUUGAGCAAGCAGCGUUGCAAGCGAAGCAACAACAGCUGCAACAACAACAACAGCUGCAGCAACAGUUGCAACACCAGCAACACUUGCAACUCAUCGAGCUAGAGAAGCAAAAGCUAGAGAAGCAGAAGCAGGCUGCUACUGCUACGUUUAUUAGCGAGGCGGGCGGCGGUAUGGUGUGUGUACGUCGCGCGCCGCCAGAUGGAGCCACUGCCAUGCCCAAGCAUACUGUGCUAACAGUACCUGCCGAAGAGCCGUCUGCCGCGGCGAAGGCGGCUGAAAGUGGUCGCAAGCAGACCUGGGAACAAGCACUAGCUCACAUCAACCAACUAGCUAAGGGCAAGGAUAAGGAAAAGAAGAAGCACAAAGAAAACAAGGAUCAGACGAAACAACAAGAGAAGUCGACCAAGGAUGUCAAGGAGCCAGCUAAACCCAACGCCGCGGUACCCGAGCAGCCGCUGUCCAAGAAACAGAGGAAGCUAUUGGCCAAACAACAGGCGGAAGAAGAAGAAAAGAAGAAACAGCAACAGCAAGAACCCAAAGCAAAGAAGACGGCAGAAGUGAAAAAACCCGACCCACCGAAACCCGAACCGGCUAAGACUAAAGCCGAGAAAAAGGCGGAGACUAAGAAGGAGAAGAAAGAAGAGAAGAAAAAGAGAAAGCUGAGAAGAAUGAGAAGAAAGGAAAGGAGAAUAAACAGGAGAAAGGUUACGCCUCAACCCCAACCUAAGACGAAGCAACCAGCGCAACAACAGCAACAACAAGCGGCAACAAAGAAAGAGAACAAGAAGCAGCAGCAACAACAACAACAACAGCAGCAGCAACAGCAACAGUUGCAGCAAUUGCAGCAACAGAAGACACAAGUUAUUAACAUAACGCCCGAUACUACUAUUGAAGUUGUUAGUAAGAAGAACCAGUGCAGCAACGAGUUGGAAAAGCCAGCGUCAUGCAGCAUCAUGGAACAGCUCAGCUGUGGAGUACAGGUGGCAGACUUGAAGCUGCCUCCGGGAAUAACCCUGACCAGAGUCCAGCCUUCCGACAAGAAGGAACCACCGCCUAUCAAGUCUGUGCCUCUAUGGAAAGCGGGCCAGUUGCCGGCAGCGCCGACGCCCGUGGCCCGGCCGGCGCCCAUCAUCAACGCGGACCCUGCCAAUGUCAUGUUCAGCACUGCUCACCCAGAACCGCCAAAGCCAGUUAUAAUAGCCGACCCGCCUCCCGUACCGGGUAAAUCGAAGAAGGCAAAGAAAAAAGCAAAGAAAGCAGCCGCGGCCGCUGAAGAAAAGCAAGAUGGGACCAAGAUUGUCACCCUUAGGAACCCAAUGUUCCACCCGAACUUACCACCAGUUCAAAUCACCAAUCAACCAGCGAAGAAACAGGAACAGAUUAGAGUACCAGACCCAAUACCGAUGCCACCGAAUGCCUGCCAAGCCACCAUCACUCCUACAUCAAACGGGAUGUUUACCAUAAGGAAUCCUUUAAUGACAAUGAUGCAUCAACAAAGCUUAAUGGGAGUCAGGGCUCCGAGCCCCCAACACCCCAUUUACCCCCAACAAUACAAUUAUGUGAACCCCAACACGUACAAUCCAAUACAAAACAACAACUCCCAAUACAUUGACCCGCCCCGAGCUUCACCGAAGUCAGAUGAUUUCCAAACUCGAAUAAUGAACUUAGCUUCCUUUACACAGAAGAAUGAUGAAGGCUACUCCCUGUUUAAGACACCGGAUGAUCAGCAACAAAGGAAUUUCCUAACACCGGAGUACUUUGAAAACCAAAGCCCUAAGUCCGUGGUGUCCCCAAACCCUAUAGGAACUCGACCGGAACCGAAUAGAGCAUUUGACUCAGACAUUUCUCUCUUUGCCAAUCCGAUUCAAAGGCCUGAACCUAUAGGAACGCCUAUGAAGCAGGAAGAUCAGCAAUAUACUGGUUUAUACACCCCCUUUGGUCAAGAAGACCGUAAUGUCUUCAGAAAUGCCCUUUUCAGUGAUAAAAGUGAUGAUUUAGGGUUGAAAAAUGUGGCUAACGGUGAUACGUUGCCCUAUUUUCAGCGUUUAAGGGUUGGAUCGAAGUUAAAUAAUGAAGUGUCUAUACAUCAUGUUACUGAGUCGAAAUUCUAUAAGACGCAGGAGCCGGGCCACCCCCUAGAGUGUGGAGUGGGUGAGGAGUCGCUGUUCAGCAGGCCGGCACACGCCUGGCCGGACCAGCUCUACUCUACACAUAAACCUGGUGCGCAAUCAGCCCGAAGUUCGCCUACGGGGUCGUCGGUCCAGUCGACCAGCAGUGGUGGCGGGGUCGGUGGGGUCGGUGGGGUCGGCCAGCUGCCCCCCGGCGCCGCCCCGGCCACCCCGCCCGCAGACGACCGGCGGUUCGGCCCCAUAGGGGCUAGACAUCCGCAUCCAGAAUCGAGCGUAUUCCUCCCCGACUCCAGCAUAACGAAUCUAUCUUCACUGGAAGUGUCCGAACGGGAAAUCGAAUCCUUCAAGCGCUUUGACUUCUAUUUUGAGCCGCCGCAGCAUAAACCGAAAGUUCAACUGGACGUGAGAGACAUCGCUGCAGCUUUACGACAAAAUCACAAGUAAUUAGCCACGCCCCUUUUGGAAAAUGUAAACAAAUAUAACUUGGUUAAAAUGUGGACAUUGGAGUGUAUUGAGAACUUUAUAUUGAUUUAAUUUAACCGUCUCACUCAGAGACAUUUAAUGAUCACUUAAACUGUUCCUUAGUAACGAUUUUGUAAC